ACUGAUCACGACUUGCAUUCAUGGGACUGGGUUGAUGUGGUCGCGUCUGAUGAGUAACAACGCGAAUUAACACAUUAUAAUUAAACAUGCCACUUGACCGUCGGUUUCCUUGUGCCAUAUAAAUGACGCGCGCUCCCUGGGUGCGCAGACGAAAGCGCACCACAGCCCUUCAAUGCUGCACUUCAAAGUCCUUGGAGAAGACAUUUUCUUUACUCUCAUACAUUGUUUCAAUGGAUAGUAAAGUAUAAGAAGGAAAUCAUUUUAUUCUUGAAAAUCUAAGCUUAGCCUCGUCUAUUCCACCUAAAUUCUUUAAAGGCAUUGUUCCAUUGGCGCGCACUCACAGGGUAAGAUGAAAAUUCUGCUGUUGCUUCUGGUCUUCUGCGGUUUGGCAAAUAUGUUUUGCCAAGAUGUGUAUUCCAGCGAAGACAACUGGGACACGGGCAAUUACCAAACUGAGGACUAUCCCUCUCAGGGUCAUUUGUUGGAUCCAGAAUCUUUACAGACAUUACUACGAAUCAUAAGAAAACCCGGUCCACAACAAUUCUUCGGUCUAAUGGGGAAAAGAUCCUCUGCAAAAACACAAAUGACGCGCAAAAGGCAGAAAUUCGAGUCUUUUGUCGGACUGAUGGGCAAACGGAAUCUAGGAGAGCAAAGCGGCAAGUGCAGGUUUUUACUUUAUCUAAAUGUUAUUCCUUUGCGGCUUGUGUUUCCUGGAACUGGCAUCCAUUUUUUCUUACAUUUCUUUUUAAAUGUGAGGUCUACUGAAAAUUAGUUGAUCUUGACCUCUUUUAUUUGCAGAGCAUCCUCUCCCCCCUCAGGCCCCCUGUGAUCUGCCUCUUUAGUGUCGUGGAGUUUUGGGAGGUCACAUCCCUGAGAUAAAACGACGAAAACUUCCCAGUUGCCAUGUUGGUCCGGAGCUGUGUUUUUGGCACAAGCUGGAGAGCAAACAACCUAUAUGUUUUACUAACUAUAUCAAAUCCAACUGUUGAACUGUAUCCGAUUGAUAUAAAAGUUUUGUUUAAAGAA